AUGCCGUCCACCCUGAAUAUUGCGCAAUUGAAUAGCGAUCCCUCUUCUCGCCGGAUCAUUAUUGUUGGAGGAGGCAUCGUCGGCGCAGCUCUUGCCUUCCACCUUUCCAAGGCCCAAAAUGAAAAUCAUAUCAUACUCAUCGACAAAAGCCUCGAUACCCUAUUGGGUUCCACCGGUCACGCUCCAGGAUUCGUUGGCCAACUCAAUGAGUCGCCUGUGUUGACUCAGUUGGCCAAAGAUACCGUCCAGGACUACCUCACAAUCCCAGGUGGCUUUGAAACAGUCGGCAACUUGGAACUUUCCUCUACACCUUCUGGGUUGGAGACCUUAGAGCGCCGGCAGAAAACGGCACAGGGGGCUGGUCUACCUGCGGAACUUCUCACUCCAGAGGCGGCGGCUGCUCUUGCCCCGGACUUUAUCGAUGCCAACUCGAUUAAGCACUGUCUGCAUUUCCCAUCAGACGGAACCGCAAAUGCAGGCGUCAUUACUUCCUACUAUGUCGACCAAGCGCGCGCCAGAGGGGUGGAUUUCCUGGAAGCUGCUGUAACAGGCUUUGCCACCAAGAAGGACAACGAGACAUCGGAAAUAGCCACCAUUAAGACCGCUAGUGGAGAUAUCAAUGCGGAAGGCAGUACUGUGAUUCUCGCCACUGGCAUUUGGACAUCUCUCUUGAUUGGCAGCGACAACACCCCUGUUACGCAACUUCCAAUUCCAAUUGUCCCCGUCGCACACCCUUACACCUUUACUCCUCCUCGGGCUAGACGUGUCGGUACCCCGUACCCAUUCGUUCGCUGGCUGGACCAUCACGUCUAUGCAAGGGACCAUGGAGCUCGGGAUGGUCUAGGCAGUUAUGAUCAUCCCCCAAUGCAGCUUGAUCCGAUUGAAAGCGCGAUUGGAGCUUGGCCACCAAGCUUCGAUCAAGUGCUGUCAGACGCUUCUUCGAACUUGAAGAACGGGAGUGAGUUCCAGGUCCAGGGACAGAACGCAGACCCAGAAGCGCCUUGGGUGGCGGACAAGCCAUUCAAUGGUAUCUUUUCUGUCACGCCUGACAACUUACCCUUCGCUGGCCGGGUUCCUGAUGUUGCAAAUCUAUGGCUUGCUGCAGCUAUUUGGGUUACAACUGCUGCUGGUACUGCUAAGCUGUUGGCAAGAGAGAUUCUUGGCGAUGGUGAGCAUUCGACUACUUCAGAAGACAAGGCUCUCAUGGAUGCCCUGAAUCCUUCACGUUUCCAAGGCAUUGAAGCCGAUUUGCUUCUGCGACGAUCGUUGUCGAAAUAUAACGAUAUCUAUAACCGAGAGACCUAG